ACAAUGCCUCAUCAAAAACUCUGGUCUCAGAUGGUCCCCCGAAGGGCCCUGCUGAAAUUAUCCAUGAAAAUAAAAUGACAACUCCUGAAGAGGUGAACUUAGGCAUUUACUUCAGCUACCCAUGCCAACGCCACAGCUGUUCAUUAGUAAACAUCCCUGCACCAUGUGUCAACAAAAUGGUUUCACACAUUGAAGAAGUGGAGUCUAAAAUACAGGAGCAUUUGAAACGUUUUGAAACUUCUUUGGAAGAAUGGAGCAGAAUUAUCCCUGUACCAAUAGAAGGUGUCAAGCCAGAAAAAGAGCAUGAAAAAUGCCCAGAAUUAAAGCAGAAGAUGGAAUCAUUACUAUCGGAAGCUAUCCAUCUCAUUAAAAGUCUCGAGACAGACCGUGCAGAUGCUGAAGAAGCUUUAAAUAAGCAAAAAUCAAGAAAGAAAAUGAUUAACCUUAAAAUCGAUUCUUGGGCACUUUGGAGACUUCAAGAAAUUCCAAUAGCUGUGCAAAAAG